GAUGUAUCAAUCAUAUCCUCAACAGCAACAACCGGGAUACCAGCCACAGCAACCAUCUCAUCCUAUUGUUGGGGCUGGAGCUGCUCCGACGAUGGCUCCUCAGAACCCAUAUGGUCAACAACCCUUCCAACCACAAUUUCAACAAGGCCAAUAUCAGCAGCCUUCUGGGCAACAAUAUCAAUCAAUGCAGCAACAGUUCCAAUCUCCACAGCAACAAGCUCCAACUCAGCCGACGCAUCCAGAUCGUGAAUCCUAUCAAACAGCACUUCCAGCAAAUGUUACCCCAGGAUGGAAUGAUCCUCCAUCGAUGCUGCCAUCUGCUGGAACUACACCAAAUCGAUUGAGCAACAUGCGGAGGCGGCCCGUUGAUCCUUCGAUCUCGGGAAAUGUCGGUUACGGUACAUCAUCACAAACUUCGAAUCCUUAUGGUGCAUCGGCUUCUCCAUACGGUGCUCCUCAACAAAAUCCUCAGCAAUACCAGGAGCAACCUCAGUCAUAUCAAACAUAUCAACAACCACAACAGCAGCAGCCACAAUACGGUCAACAGCAGAAUCCUCAACAAUUCGGUCAACAGUAUCCAGGAGCUGGAGCUCCUCACCAACAACAACACUAUGGAAUGUGAUUCUAUUAUCUUAAGCAUUUCUUUAAUUAUUCUCAUUCAAUUUUCAUAUAU